GAAAGGACUUUGGUUAUAUGAUAAGAACACUCUUUUUUGGAGUGGUCUUCUCGCCUCCCCGUAUCUGCCUAUUCCACACUUAUCUUCUAUACAUAAUACAUCAUCAUGUCUCUCACCGCUGAUGUUGACGUAUGUAUUUUGGAAAGACCCAAUGUGUGUUCUUUUAAGAAGAGGAGUCGCUCCAAGUUGAGUUGUUCCUUUACUAAGAAGAGAAGGAGUAGCAAAGUGAUGUCCGUUGAGAUCAUCGAGGAUGUGCAUGACGCCGAGGAGUUAAAGGCGGUUGAUGCAUUCCGCCAAGCGCUUAUUCUCGAUGAACUACUUCCCGACAAACAUGAUGAUUACCAUAUGAUGCUCAGGUUUUUGAAAGCAAGAAAAUUUGAUCUCGAGAAAACUAAACAAAUGUGGUCAGAUAUGCUCCAAUGGAGGAAGGAGUUUGGUGCUGACACAGUUAUGGAGGAUUUUGAGUUUAAGGAAAUAGAUGAAGUGUUGAAAUACUACCCUCAUGGACACCAUGGAGUUGACAAGGAAGGAAGACCCGUGUACAUUGAGAGGCUAGGCCAAGUAGACUCUACCAAGUUGAUGCAAGUUACAACUAUGGAUAGAUAUGUAAACUACCAUGUCAUGGAGUUUGAGAGGACUUUCAAUGUUAAGUUCCCAGCAUGCUCCAUUGCAGCAAAGAAGCAGAUUGAUCAAAGUACCACAAUUCUUGAUGUCCAAGGAGUGGGGCUUAAAAACUUCAACAAGGCAGCAAGGGAUUUGAUUACUCGUCUUCAAAAGGUCGAUGGCGACAACUAUCCCGAGACCUUGAACAGGAUGUUUAUCAUCAAUGCUGGCUCAGGAUUCAGGAUGUUGUGGAACACGGUUAAGUCCUUCCUUGACCCAAAGACUACAGCAAAGAUCCAUGUUCUUGGUAACAAGUAUCAAAGCAAGUUGCUUGAAAUCAUUGACGCUAGUGAGCUUCCCGAGUUUCUAGGAGGUUCUUGUACUUGUGCUGACAAUGGAGGUUGCAUGCGCUCUGACAAAGGUCCAUGGAACAAUCCAGAUAUUAUGAAGAGAGUAAACAAUGGUGACCACAAAUGCUCAAAGAGAUCAUCUCAAGCUGAAAAUGCUGCAGAGAAUACCACCUUCGAGGUAAAUGAUUCUGCAGAGGAAGCUCCUGAAAAUGUCAACUCACAGCUCUCUCCUUCUAAAAAUGUCGUAGUUGCUCAUCCAGCUUGGAACAUGCCAGAAGCUCAUAAAUUUUCUAUCUCAAAAGGGGAUGUUUACGCAAUUCAAGAAGCUUGCAAAGUUACAAAUGAAAAUGGGAGGUCUCCUAUAUUCACUGGCGUCAUGGCUUUUGUGAUGGGUGUAGUCACCAUGAUUAGAGUGAGUAAAAACGUUCCAAGGAAGCUGACCGAGUCUACCAUAUACUCGACCCCAGCUUACUGCGACGACAGCUCGAUGAACAAGAGCUCAAUGCAGUCAACAGCCAAAAUCUCAGGGGAAGACUUGAUGGCCGUCAUGAAAAGAAUGGCUGAGCUUGAGCACAAAGUCAACAUAUUGAGUGCUCAGCCUGCAACUAUGCCUCCUGAGAAGGAAGAGAUGCUUAAUGAUGCCAUUAGCCGAGCCGAUGUCUUCGAACAAGAACUUGCUGCAACCAAGAAGGCUCUAGAUGAUUCUCUUAGCCGACAAGAGGACCUCGUUGCAUACAUUGAGAGAAAGAAAAAGAAGAAGAAGCUGUUCACUUGGUGAGUGAAGAAUAUGAGGACGACGAAGCCUCUAGCUAGCGGUCUUAAACAGUGUGAUUCAUGCACUGAUCAUGUCACUGAC